GGGACACCGAGAGCCCUGAGGGGCGACAGAGCCCCGGGAGUGACACCGAGAGCCCUGAGGGGGGACAGAGCCCCGUGGGGGGACACCGAGAGCCCUGAGGGAGGACAGAGCCCCGGGGGUGACACCGAGAGCCCUGAGGGGCGACAGAUCCCCGGGAGUGACACCGAGAGCCCUGAGGGGGGACAGAGCCCCGUGGGGUGACACCGAGAGCCCUGAGGGACACUGAGUGCACCGGGGGGAGACACGUCUCCUGCCAGGGCUGGGGAUCCCCAGACCGUGUCCCUGCCCCAGGCUGUGCCCGGGACCCCCAGGGUCCCCCACCUGCGGGUGACACCCCCAGGACGUGCCCCAGUGCCUCCUCUCUGACCCCACAGUGCCACCACGGUGCCACUGCCGGCAGGUGCCACCUGGGUGACGGCAACUCGUCCUGCCCCUCCCGCGUGUCCCUAUGUCCCCUGUGUGACCCCCCAGUCCUGGGGUCACCCGUGGGGCCGCAGCCCUUCAUGCCUGGUGCCUCUGUCCCUCCAGCCGUGUCCCGUGUGUCCCCUCGGCCGUGUCUGUGUGUCCCCUCCGUCCUCGCCAUGUUCACGUGUGCAAAAUUCGUCUCCUCCACUCCUGCGCUUGUGAGGAGGAGCCCGCGGCUGCUGGGCCAGCCCCUGUCGGUGCUAGGCGGCCCCGAGGCGCGGCCGGAGCAGGUGUGGCCGGGAGCCCCCCGGUCCCUGCAGAUGAGCGCUGCCCACCGGGACAUCGACACGGCCGCCAAGUUCAUCGGGGCCGGCGCCGCCACCGUGGGGGUGGCCGGGUCAGGGGCGGGGAUCGGCACCGUGUUCGGGAGCCUCAUCAUCGGCUACGCCAGGAACCCCUCGCUCAAGCAGCAGCUCUUCUCCUACGCCAUCCUGGGCUUCGCCCUCUCCGAGGCCAUGGGGCUCUUCUGCCUCAUGGUGGCCUUCCUCAUCCUCUUCGCCAUGUGAGACCGCACGGGGCGGG